GAGGUUCCGACAAUCGAAGUUCGAUACGAGCGGCUAACUGUUGAGGCGGAAGCUUAUGUCGGAGGAAUGACAUUAAAUUGACUUUGGAUAUACAGGCAGUAUCAACUGGAGGCCAACAGGAAAGUGUGGUAACUGAUUAUGUACUCAAGCUUUCGUGCAGAUUAUUAAAGCAGUAUCUUCUGCUACUAUUGAUAAACCAAGUGGCUUCUGGACUAUUUCGCGCUAUUGCAGCACUCGGUAGAAAUAUGAUUGUCGCCAACACGUUCGGGUCCUUUGCACUUCUCACACUUCUUACAUUAGGUGGCUUCAUUAUGUCCAGAACAUUUGAUAAGGCACAAGCAACUAUAAAUGAAGAAUCAGAAGACAGCACAACAAAUGGCACACACCAAGAAGUUGAAUUACCGCGUAUAGCAAGUUCAGAAGAAUCCUCUAGCCGCAGACAGAAAAGAGGAAUGGUUCUUCCUUUCGAACCACAUUCGAUAACCUUCGACGAAGUUGUGUAUUCUGUCGACAUGCCACAGGAAAUGAAGAUUCAAGGAGUAAUGGAGGAUAGGUUGGUGCUUUUGAAGGGUGUUAGUGGUGCAUUUAGGCCUGGUGUUCUCACAGCGUUGAUGGGAGUUAGUGGAGCUGGAAAAACUACUUUAAUGGAUGUUUUGGCUGGUAGGAAAACCGGUGGUUAUAUCGACGGGAGCAUCAAAAUUUCUGGCUACCCUAAAAAACAAGAAACGUUUGCUCGAAUCUCUGGUUAUUGUGAGCAAAAUGACAUCCAUUCUCCUCAUGUUACUGUCCAUGAGUCAUUGCUCUACUCGGCAUGGCUUCGCUUACCAGCCGAAGUUGAUUACAAUACAAGAAAGAUGUUCAUUGAGGAAGUAAUGGAACUAGUGGAGCUCAAUCCAUUGAGAAACUCUUUGGUUGGUUUGCCUGGCGUGAACGGUCUUUCAACCGAACAACUUAAGAGGCUAACUAUAGCAGUUGAGUUAGUUGCCAACCCUUCCAUAAUUUUCAUAUUGAGCUUACUUGGCCUCACUCCACUCGCUGAACGUGUGAGCUUUCUCACAGAACAAAUUGCCAUUUUCACUGGUCCAACAGUUGGAGGACUUCUUAAUGCAACAUGUGGGAAUGUAACUGAACUUAUUAUUGCAAUAUUUGCUCUUACCACCAACAAAAUUGCUGUUGUGAAGUAUUCUCUCUUAGGUUCCGUGCUUUCGAAUCUUCUUCUUGUUCUCGGAACUUCUCUACUUUGCGGUGGAAUUGCGAAUAUUGGAGAGGAGCAGAAAUAUGACAGAAGACAAGCGGAUGUGAACUCGCUGAUGUUGCUAUUGGCGUUGUUAUGCCAUUUGCUUCCGUUGCUAUUCACGUACAGCGCUGCUUCGGCUGAACUCACCGUAGAGCCUUCGCUGUAUUUGUCGAGAGCUUCUAGCAUUGUUAUGCUGGUUGCGUAUUUUGCUUACUUGAUCUUUCAGUUAUGGACGCAUAGGCAAUUAUUUGAAGCGGAAGAUGAAGGGGAAGGGGAAGGUGAGAACAAUGGAGCGGAAGAAGAGGCUGUGAUUGGAUUCUGGAGUGGAUUUGCUUGGUUGGCUGGAAUGACUGUGUUCAUUGCUUUGUUGUCUGAAUAUGUGGUGGAUACAAUUGAGGAUGCAUCAGAUUCAUGGGGUUUAUCUGUGAGCUUUCUCAGCAUAAUCUUGCUUCCGAUAGUUGGCAAUGCGGCUGAACAUGCAGGAGCAAUCAUUUUUGCUUUCAAGAACAAGCUGGACAUUUCCUUAGGUGUUGCAUUGGGCUCUUCCACUCAAAUUGCCAUGUUUGUGGUUUACAUCUAUGUCUGCGGGUGACGAUGACUAGCUGCAUAAGUCUUGGUUCGAAUGCAGCCCGUGUUGCUGGGAAUUUCAGGUGACUUGAAGGUUGAUGUUAGCAUGAGCGGAAACUACGACUUACACUUGGAAAACAUGGCUGUUUGUAGACUUGAUGGUCAAGAUGCGGUUUUGUGAAUCAUGGGUCGAAUUGCGAUUUGGACAUUGCGAACCCGCCGUGAGUAAGUGAGUUUUGUUAAAAGAGGGAGCUCUUAUUUGUAUUGUGUUAAAAAAUGUAGAUGGAAUUUAGAAAUGAUUGUAAUCUUUUUUUUUUGGGACUGCUAUGAGUUUUCUGCUACAAGUUGCUGUUGGUGCCAUGUUCUUUAUUGUUUGUUGCAGGUUGUGGAUGAGGUUGCAAGCAUGUUGAUUGCAGGUUGCACUGGUUUAUUGCAGCAAGAUUAUUGAUGUUGCAUGUUGCAAGGUCUGUUGUGGCAUUGAUGAUGGUCCAAUGCAGGAUGGUUUUAUGGGGAACUUCCAUACAGAUUGAGCAGAUGAAAGAUAUUGGGUUUCCCUGUGACCUCGAGUCCGGGACUUGCACCGCAUCUUACCAACUUAGCCGUUUUAAAAUUGAACCUGGAACUUCUCUAGAGCAACGAAUUUGAUGGUCCUCACUACACUCUCGAUUUAGAAUUCUUGCAGCAUUUGGUAUCUUGUGAAGUAUAUCAUGAUCUGCUGCCCUCAUUCUAUACCAACAGGAGCCAUUCACAUUAAAUGUUGAUACAGUUUUGCGGUCUUCUGCUACCAAAAGUCCAAGCAAGAACAAGAAUCAUGCUUAAAGUGAUGAAAGCGAUGGCGGUCCCUCACGACAAUCUCAUGAUCAAAGGCUUUGGAGAUUAGCUUUACUAUGGUUUUUUACUUGGAAUGUGAGUUUGAGAAUUUGUCAUGGCAAGCUGUAGCAUGAGGCAGGGUGCGCACAUGGCUGGAGAAUGGUGAGCCAAAAUUUUCCUUUGCUGACUGCAUGAUGUUGUUGAUGCCAAUAAGCUCAACACUUUCUACUCCAAGAAUACGGUCAAAUUCCCUCUCGUCGUGCAUCUCAACAAGGGCGGCCAAUCCAAGUAAUUUGCAUAUUUUAACCAUGUUCUUGAUGUCAAGAUCAGGUAAAACAGCGGCAAUUAGAAGGACUGCAUCUGCUCCUUUAGAUUGAUCAUAGUAGAGUUGCCAAGCAUCUAUGAUGAAUUCUUUGCACAAUAAAGGGCACUUUACUCCAGCAUUUCUUAUUAACUCAAGAUUUUCAAAGCUCCUUGAAGUAUUUUCAUCUGUCAAAACACUUAGACAUGCUGCUCCACCUUAGGAUGUUUCAUUGUUGGAGUGGUUUUUUGUAAAAUGGUUAGAUUAUAUGUAAUUGAAAGUGAGUGAAAAUUUGAAUGGUUUAUGUAAUAUGGUAUGGAAUCAAAUUACAGGAAAUUUGGGAAAA